AGCAGGCAGGAUGUUGGGCGCUGGAAAGCUGGUCGCGCUCGUAGUGCAACUCAUGAUUAGAUAGCCGACGGCUAUCGUUGCAAAUGCUACAGACUACAACCUCCCUUCCAGAGGUCCAACUCUUUCUCACUUGCGGCUGUCAUCGACCAAAGUACGCAAGGAGUGCAUGCUAUCGGUAUCAUUACCGUCCGCUGUCGGUAAUACUCGGUAUGCAUAGAAAGCUUCUAAUGGGCGUUGCCUUCGGAGUAGAGACAGGCUGACACGAACCUUCUUCGUUGAGCUCCAUUCCUAUCCAUGCGGCGUGUGAAUACUCAGAACUUAUUAUACAAGAGCAGAAGCAAUUACGUAUCACAUUGACGAUAUUGACGAAGGGGCUGCGGUUGAGUAUGCCACCAGGCUCGAUUGGAAUGGCACUUUCAUCCUCUCAAAUUACUAUUAUUGGGGUUAUUCAUUUCUAGGUAAUCGGGUUCAUCACCAGAUACAUGCCGCAACCGCACAGGUGGUGUAAAUUGACAUAUCUCGAAGUCUCUUCGGAACCAAAAGGACUGGGCUCUUGGGUCGCAAGAUCAGGAGACGCCGCCUGAUAAUCUCGAUGGUUGUUUUUGGAGAAGGAGUUACUGUGCAUCUGGUAACUGACGCCAGCUCACUUCUCGAAUGUCUCAUUAUUCCAGGGUAUCACAAAUAUUCCAUUCUUCAGUUGACUGCCUCGACCCGCGUGGUGCAUUGAUUCUCAAGUUGGAUGUCAUUUUACCCAAUUCGCAGGCCAUGCGUCUUGGUGUGGAAGGAUAUAUAACCUGUUCAUUCAUGCAUCGUCUUUCCAAGCCUAUUCGAGAGCUUGUAACAGAUCAUGGCUAAUAAAAAAUCUCUCCUUGUAUUUUGCGACGGAACCGGCAUGGACGGUCUCCUCAGCGAUCCCAGUAAUGAACCCUACGAUGGAGGAUCGCAGCAAGUACCUACUAAUGUAACUAGGCUCUCUCGAGCUAUCGCGCCGUUAAGGGUCGUCGGCAACGAUACCAUUUCCCAGAUCACGUUCUAUCAAAGUGGCACAGGAUCUCUCGCAGGUUUCGAUGGUCAGGGCAUUGCUGAGGAUAAAACUCUUCAGGCAUACGGGAUUGCAGUAGCGAGCAAGAUCCGCGAUGCAUAUUGCUUUAUCGCGCAGAACUAUGCGCCUGGAGACGAAAUUUGCCUCUUUGGAUUCUCGAGGGGAGCUUACACCGCAAGGAAGGUCGCAGGAUUGAUUAAUCGUAUCGGUCUACUUGGCCGGGAGGAACUCUCUAAGUUCUUCACCUAUUGGCUCCAGUUGAGCAACGGCGAGCAACCAGGUCCUCCUUGGCCUGAUACACCUAUUCCUAUUAAAUGUGUCGGUGUCUGGGACACCGUGGGCUCCGUCAUGUCACGCACCUUUAGUCCCAUUAUAGAUGCACUCAGUAUCAAGGACACAUCGCUGCCUCCCAACAUUGAAGUCGCAUUGCAUGCAGUAUCUUUGCAGGAAAACCGGAAGCCUUUCAUGUGCACUCUUUGGACCGUUCCUGAAGGAGGAUUGGCCCCUAACCAGAUACUAAAGCAGCGGUGGUUUUCCGGCGCCCACUCAGACGUUGGUGGAGGCUACGCGAAUAGUGAGCUGGCCGAUUUGAGCUUGUUCUGGAUGGCGAGUGAAAUCAGCAGUUUUGUUACCGUCGACCUUCCUUUCAUUGAAGCGAGCCGCCAACGGUCCCCUUCAGCGCAUUGGGGUCAACAUCAACCUCAUAAUGCAUGGAACGAAUCCGGAGCUACAAAGCACCUUUUGGGUCAUGAAUCCCGUCUUGAAGGCAAGCAGGUGGAUAAGGACUCGGACUUCCACCUCAGCAUCGGUGAAGCACCUAUAAAGCUCACCGAUCCAAAGUAUAUGAUCACCCUUGACGAUCUGAAAAGGACAUUGGGGUCUGGCUGGACACCUAUAUACAUGCAGCUCAGCAGUUUCGAGCAGGCUUGCAGGAAUAAUUGGGAUAAGCCUGUCCUCCGGGGACCUAGGGAAGUUCCUGUGGGCUUGGACACGCCUGUAGGAUUCAUCGCCAGGGCAGCCAAACGGCAGACGGCAAAUGAUACCGUCGUUGAUCAAGGUGCCAUCUCUCCUGUCCCUCCUCUAACCCUUCGUAUUCGCAACGUCUUGUCCGGAAUGAUGCUUGACCUCUCUGGUGGAAUACACGGUGGUCUCGUGGUCAACAACCAGCCGAAUGACCAAGAGAGCCAGAAGGCCGUCGGCAAUAACUUCACCAUCAGAAAUGCAAAUACGAACGGUGCUUACCUUGGUACACCUCCCAACGUUGCCCCAGCAUCGGGAAACAAGGUUCAUGCAGACCAGGCCAUCGAGUGGCAAAUCAAAGAAGUGUCUGGAGGACAAGCAAUUGAGCUCGCCAUAGCAAACGACCCAAACAAUCUUGUGCUUGAUCUCUACGGGUCCUUUGUAGCGAAUGGAACUCCGAUCAUCUUUUACCCCGAAGGCGGCGGGUUGAAUCAGCAAUGGAUUUUGGAGGACGUGCUGCUGCAUUACCGAGGUGAUGUUGCACCGGGAACUUACGUGAUUCGUAACUAUUCCUCGCGAAAAGCUCUCAACCUCAAUGUUCACACUGGGGAGAUCGUCAACUAUCAGUAUAAUGGUGGCGACGGCCAAAAGUGGAUAGUUCAGGCCGUCUAUGGUGGUUGCAGAAUCAUGAGCUACAACAAGCCUGAUGUGUAUGUUGGCUUCCGCGAACCCGGCGUACCUUUUCACGGCACCCAUGCAUUUGGUGGCAAUCUUGUGGCUGAAUGGCACAUUCAGAAGGCAGGGGAUGAUCUAUACAACAUUGAACUUGUCUCGGAUCCAAAUUUGGUCCUGGAUUUGUACUACAAUAAUCCAGAGAAUGACACGCCGAUCAUCGCGUGGCCGAAACAAACUCCAGGACACAAUCAAAAAUGGUAUUUCGACCCUGUCGCUUGAAGAACAAUAUUGGUCUAUCGCGCUACCAUUAUCGGCUACAUCUGAAUUCAAAUGCUGUACUACUACUACAAUUACUAGAUGAUAUACAGACCAAUGAUUAUCGUGUUGACGAUGAU